ACUUUUAAUCGAACAAACAAAUAAGCCAUUACCGGCUACGCCAUUUUGUUUCUGGUCACGUUGUUCAAAUUUCUGUAGCAAUAUGGCCCAUUUUGAACCUCCUGUUAUACAAGAAAAUGAAGAUGGCUGGGGUCCAUGUGCGGUUCCAAUUAAAUUCAAGGAUAUGCCUUAUCAGCCAUUCGCUAAAGGAGAUCGACUUGGAAAGGUGUCUGACUGGACUGGUGCUACAUACCAAGAUAAGAGACACUUAGGAAAAUACCAGUCCGCGUUUGGUGGUGGAGCCAGUCAGUAUGCAUACUACCACGAGGAAGACGAGAGUUCUUUCCAGCUGGUUGAUACACAAAAGAUACAGAAACCAGCCUACACACGUGGGCGCAGAAUGUUCCAACAGAACAAGCAGCGUCGUGAGCGUGAACGUAAACAACAGCUUGCGCAGGCCAACAACAUGCAGGUGCUGUCAAAGACACAGAAGAGCAGAGAACGGGAUCGUCAGCGGCUGUACAAGAAAUGGCAGAAACAGUUUGGGCGCUCCAUGCAGGAGAACAGACAGAAGAACCCAUUAAAGCACCGGGAAGCCUCAGUGACGGUGCGCCCUAACUGGGAGGUUGUGGAGGAGCUGGACUUCCCGCGUAUGUCCAAACUCACCCUGCCGGACAUUGCAGAGGGCGAGGACCUGCUGAAAUGUGGCAGCAUGGAGUAUUAUGAUAAGACGUACGACCGAGUGACAACGAAGAAUGAGAAACCCUUAAAGAGGAUCAACCGAAUCUUCCACAAAGUCACCACAACAGACGAUCCCAUGAUCAGACAGCUGGCCAAGUCUACGGGCAACGUGUUUGCCACAGAUGCCAUCCUGGCCACUCUGAUGUGCUGUACACGCUCAGUAUACUCCUGGGACAUCAUCGUGCAACGGGUCGGCAAAAAGCUUUUCUUUGACAAACGAGACGACUCAGAGUUUGACCUCCUUACAGUCAGCGAGACAGCCGUCGAGCCUCCCCAGGACGAUACGGGCAGCAUCAACUCACCACGGAAUCUUGCCCUGGAGGCCACCUUUAUCAACCAUAAUUUCUCUCAACAAGUCUUGAAAAUGGGGGAGGAGAAGUACGCGUUUGACAAGCCAAACCCUUUCAUCCAAGAAGACGAACAGAGUCAAGUGGCUUCUGUAGGUUACAGAUACAAAAAGUUUAACCUUGGCAAUGAUAUAGAGUUGAUAGUACGUAGUGAGCACGAUGCAGUGAUGGCGGGCGUGAGUGGAGAACUGCAGUAUAUCAACAUAAAAACACUCAACGAGUGGGACCCUCGGUUCAGUGGAGGUGUGGACUGGCGUAGUCGUCUGGACAACCAGCGCGGUGCUGUCUUAGCCACAGAACUGAAAAACAACAGCUGUAAGCUGGCCAAGUGGACCGUGUGUUCCCUGCUAGCUGGAUCAGACCAGAUGAAGUUUGGGUAUGUGUCACGUAACCACCAGAAGGACACGGCCAAUCACGUUAUCCUGGGCACCCAGCAGUUCAAGCCGACAGAGUUCGCCAACCAGAUCGCCCUGAACAUGGACAACGCCUGGGGCAUCCUCCGCUGCAUCAUUGACAUCUGCUUCAAACUGGACGAGGGCAAAUACCUCAUCAUGAAGGACCCCAAUAAGCCCAUGAUGCGUAUCUACGAUAUCCCAGACAACACAUUUGAGACCGAUGAUGAUGAUGAUAGUGAAUCAGACAGUGAGGAGGAUAGUGAGGAUGAGGAUGAUGACAAUUAGCGACUUAAAGGAGAAAACAUUAAAACUCUCGGAUUGUGUCAUAACAGCAAAGAUUAUCUGAGUGUCUCUAACUAUGAACAGCCUUAUUUCACCAUCUGCUGACAUUUGAAUGGAAAUGUCCAAGAAUAUUAUUUAAUGAAGUGUCAUAUUGACUAUUUAGUGCUUAUUUAAUAAACAUCUUAACUUU